UCUAAAUUUUGCUGUAUGUAAUGUAUAGUACGAUCUGUGCAUCCUUUGGGGGUUUAGAGAGGGAAGAAUCAGAGAAUUGAGAAAAGAGAAAAUGAGCUUGUCGCUCCUUCAAGGCUAUUCUUCCGCAGAAGAGGAAGAUGACCCACAACCCCAACACCCUUAUCUCCAAAACUCCGAUGAAGAUGAAGAAGACGAUGACGAAGACGAAGACGAACAAAACGACAAGGAAGGAGCUACCCACGACAAGUCGUUUAUCAAACUCCCAAUACCUUCAUCUGGGUCGGGAUCUUCAGGGCUUCCCUCUGUGUUAGACUUAUUCUCCGAAAUUUCAGGACCGCCAGCGUUUCUGAAUAACAGUGUAGAAGAAUAUGGCAAAGUUAAAGAUGUGGGACAGCAACAGCAGCCAGUGUUAGGGAGAAGGAGAAACCACCGCAAGGAAAACAAGCAACACUUGCCUACAGGUGCUGUAGUUGAGGCUAAACCUCAACUUGUUGGUAUCCAUGAGCGAGUAAGAAGUGAUAUUGAGGGUAAUCGACCUCCAGCAUCAUCAGUUUCAAGCACAACAGAAGGAGGCAAACGAGUGGCAACUGUAACCAAUCCUAAUGCUGAGGAUGCUGCAGAGCUACUGAGGAUGUGCUUGCAAUGUGGAAUACCCAAGACUUUCUCAAAUGCACGAGGAAUGGUAUGCCCUGUAUGUGGUGAUCGCCCUCUUCAAGACGCUAGCAAUGAGCUCAAGAAGAAAGGUUCUACCAUCAAAGAUAAGGAGAAGAGUAAGAGGCUGAAGGGCCAAUCAUCUCAUGCUUCCUGGAAAAGUGAAACAGAGAUGCAGCUCCGGCAGCAGUUUGACUAGCAACGUUCAGCAGAGUAUUCCUCAGAGAUCGCCCUGUGAUAGUCUAGAACUUUUUUAAAAUUAUGAAGGUACCCUACUGUAUAAUUGAUGUAGUUCAUGGAGCUAUUAGAAGACUGGUUGGCAGAGCAUGUUGAUCAGGGCAUGUGCAGUGUACAAUACUUUAUCAUGGCUUUUCUCAGAUGUCAUAUGCUUUUGCUUGCUU